GCUAUCGGUAUGCCGUAAUUACACGUGUACUCCGUAUUCUAUACUCCCUCCGUACACCCUCACUCGUCCCAUUUCUCAACCUGAUGUCAACCCUUUUUCUCUCUCCCUACUUUAGUCUCGGCACCGUAGCUCAACACCAACACGUGCGUCUUUGGUCUCACUCGAAAUUGGGUUCUUCACUUUUGGCUCACUUAACCCCUCCACCCCUCCAAACCUGGAACCCUCCCCCACCCCUCUUCCCUCAAAACGGAUGGGGAUGAUCAAGUUUGCCCCUCAUUGUCCCCGUGUCUUUUCAUCUCUGCCUCCCUUACCACCAGCCUAGAGAAUCGUAACGAUGAGCGCUCCCCAGACCCAACUGCCUUCGAGGGCAGCAACAACGGCGACGACCAGUUCCACCCUCACCAACGAGGGUGGAGUCACCGACAUUGACCUCACCACGACAGCCGGACUCCUUGCCGAGCGGCUUCAGGCGUGGAAGCAUGCCGUCGUCUACCUCGAGGACUACAUGGGUGCCAUUGAGAAGAUCCACCGCGCUCAAGCUAAGGAAUAUGAGCGGGCGCUGAAAUCCAUCUCGAGUCCCCUCAGGGAAGGCCAUCACUUUGACCAGAGCCUCGGCGGUAUCGCCGGCUUCUUCGAGAACCUGCGCGCCAACACCCAGUCCCUCAUCAACACCAACCUCGAGACCGAGAAGAGCAUCAAUGGCUCCGUCCUCCCCGUCCUCGAACGCCUCCACAAAGAGAUCAAAGCCAAGUCCAAGGAGCUCACCAGCGGAGUGAACAAGACCGCGAAGGAAGUGGAAAAGGCCCGCAGCCACACCCAGAAGCACAUCGAGCUCCUCGGGCAGCAGACCGCCACUUUCGAUUCCGUCGGCGGCCGCAUCCAGGGCGUCGAUGACCCGUACGUCGUCAACCGCGGCGUCCUCCAUCGUCUCCACAAGCAGGUCCUCGAGGAGAACAACAACCGGAACGACCUCAUCGCCGUGCAGAACAACUUCGAGUCCUUCGAGGCCCACGUCGUCGAGGUCAUCCAGCAGGCCAUGGAGUCGUUCACCCUGCUCGCCGGCGGCCAGGGCGAGAAGACCCGCGCCCUCCACUACGACAUGCUGCAGGCCGUCCAGCGCGUGCCGCACGAGUUCGAGUGGAAGGGCUUCCUCGCCCGCUGCGCCGACCGCCUCGUCAACCCCGACGGCCCGCCCAAGUCGGUCGACACCGUCGCCUUCCCCAACAUGGACCACCCGUCGACCAAGGCCCUCAUCGAGGGCUCCCUCGAGCGCAAGUCGCGCAACAAGCUCUCCUGGGGCUACUCCACGGGCUACUACGUCGUCACGCCGGCCAAGUUCCUCCACGAGUUCAAGGACUCGGACAACGCCCGCCACGACCCGCACCCCGAGCUCUCCAUCUACCUGCCCGAGGCCGUCAUCGGCACCCCGAGCGGGGACAAGUUCAGCGUCAAGGGCAAGGACCGCAGCAAGGGCAUGAGCGCCAAGCUCAGCGGCACGUCCGAGCUUGCCUUCAAGGCCCAUACGCCCGCCGACGCGCAAAAGUGGUUUGAUAUCAUCCGCAACGUGGCCGGUGCCACCGGGCCGCAGGAGCCGCAGUCUCCCACGUCGCCCGUCCUGCAGGGAGAGAGCAAGUUUGUCUCCUCGAAUCCGACGACACCUGCCACCGAGAGCCCUCCCGCAGCUCCCGCGGCUUCCGCGGCUCCUGCUGCUUCGGAGGCUCCUGCUUCUUCGGAGGCUCCUGCAGCUCCCGCGGCUACUGCAGCUUCACCGGGAAGCGAAAAGGCCCAAGAAACCGGCAUCACCGGUACUGAACCGCCAAGCAUCAGGUAG